AUGACACCUGCCCCGAUAGAAGUUGCUGCCCAAGAGGACGUGGAUGCCCCUGCGGCGCCAGCGCAGACAGCGACAGAGGCAGGAACAGAGGCAGUGAUUCAUAUGGGAACUGUACGCAACCCACCACUACCAUCACUAUCAUGUCCCUACACCCUCUCUGAUCCUCUCGAAACCCUUCUGGUUACAAUACACCUAACGUAG